CUACCAACUGCGCGUCCUGUUGACAGGCCCCAGAGCGCUCCAUCCCGAAGGCGUGUAGCCGAAGCCCAGCCCCUCCUGUAGCGGCAGCUAGCUAGCUGGUCUCCCUCCCUCCCUCGCUCCCUCUCCUCUGCUGCCGCCGCCUCCCUCCUGCUGCUCGGAGUCGGGGGCUCGGCUCCGCGAGCUCGCGGCGGCGGUGGGCAUUCUCCGGCAAUGGGGUGCAAGGUGUGCGACAAGCCCAAGCCCAACUACCGCAAGGGCCUGUGGUCGCCGGAGGAGGAUCAGAAGCUCCGCGACUACAUCGUCCGCCACGGCCACGGCUGCUGGAGCGCGCUCCCCGCCAAAGCCGGGCUCCACCGGAACGGCAAGAGCUGCAGGCUGCGGUGGAUCAACUACCUGCGGCCGGGGCUGAAGCACGGCAUGUUCUCGCCGGAGGAGGAGGAGACGGUGAUGAGCCUCCACGCCACGCUCGGCAACAAGUGGUCGAGGAUCGCACGGCAGCUGCCUGGCAGGACCGACAACGAGGUCAAGAACUACUGGAACUCGUACCUCAAGAAGAGGGUCGAGGGCAAGGAGGGCCCGAGCACGCCCGCGCCGGCGGGGACCAGCUCCGGCGCCGACUCGGAGGACUCGCAGAGCGCCAAGCCCGGGGACGGCGCGGCGGCCACCGACCGGCCGGCGGACUCCGGCGGCUCGUCAGAGCCGCGCGAGUCGUCGUCGGCCGACUCGAGCUGCCUGACGGGCCCGCCCGCCGUAGCCUGCAGGCCCCACGCGGCCCCCGUGGCGCCCAAGGUGAUGUUCGCGGACUGGCUGGACAUGGUGGACAUGGACUGCCUCGGUGGUGGCCCGGCCGCGGCAGCACCUGGUCUGGACGCUGCUGCGGGCGUGGUUGGUGCGAGCGCCAGCACGGGGGAUCGCGACCAGCACCACCAGGUGAUGAGCCAGGGGUCCGUGCAGGUGGAUGGCCCAUCCGGUGUCGACGUGUCCCUGCACGGCUUCGGUGACAGCGGCGCCAGCUGCUGGGAGUUCCAGGAGCACUUCGACGGCAUCGAUCAGAUGAGCACCACCGGCUUCUGCGACCUGCUCGCCAUGAGCGAGUUCUUCGGGCUCAACUAGGCUCGGCGCGUUGGUGGUGAUCGUUGGUGAAGGGAUUUGCGGGGGGGUUUUUUCAUAAAACUUUAUUUAGAAGUUUCGGUGAAAGGCUUGUUUGUGAUUGUAAAUUAUUGUCGUGUACGUAUAGAGGAAUUUAAAAGCAGAUAAAGUCAGGGGCCAUGACGAUUGUUGCUACCGUGUAAAAUAUUGCCGUGUUUGGUGCGGUUUGCUUUGGAGAGUACAGCACCGACGGAAGGGAAUGAAAGAGAAUUAGGAAUAGAAGAAUGUUAUAAGAGUUGCACGCU